AGUACUAUGUACUUGUGAUUAUAUGCAUAUGUACAUAAAAGUGUUUGCCAUUACUUGUAGGUGUGCAUAACAUUUGCCGGGUCCAUUGCCAAAAAACAGUUUUCUAUUUGCGUUAUUUCGCUUCUGCUUUCUAAGUAGACAGAGUGUGCUCGUCUUUUGUGGUGUGUCAUUAGUUUUACCGUAUGCAAGCGGUGUCUGCAGUGAGCAUAGUGCUGAUUUCUAAGAAAAUAUUCGCAAAACAAUCGCGAGAAUGCAGUUUAAUUUGAUAUGAAGUGAUGACUUCGAUUCGAAAAAAAUUAUAAUAAAAUAAAAAUAGUGCGUAACCGAUUUACAAAAAGUAAAAGCAAAAUAGUUUGUGCCAAUAAUAGAACAAAGUGCAUGAAAACACGACGAACCCACAAAUAGAAACCGUAAAAACAUAAAAAAGUGUAAAACGAAAUGCAAUCAGUGAAAACGAACGAUUUGCCGGAGAAUCCGCGCGAGCAUGCCAAUGUGUUAUCAGCUCUUUCCUUUUGGUAUACGCUACCCAUAUUUUUUAAAGGUCGUAAAAAGACUCUCGACACGAAAGAUUUAUACAAAGCGUUGACGGUGCAUAAAUCAGAAACCCUUGGUAAUGAUAUGAGUGCAUCAUGGGAGCGGGAACUGAAAGGUAAGGAGACAUCGAAGAAGGAGCCGAGCCUACUUAGAGCCACAAUCCGUGUCUUUGGUUGUCGUUAUGCGCUCUUGGGUCUAGUCCUGCUGAUACUUGAAUUGGGUCUCAGAGCUUUACAGCCUCUUUUUUUACUGGGUCUAAUUGCGUACUACUCGCAAGGGGAGGAGAACAUAAACACGGCUUACAUCUAUGCAGCCGGUAUAAUACUUUGUAGUGCUUUAAAUGUGAUCAUCAUGCAUCCCUACAUGUUGGGCACCAUGCACGUGGGCAUGAAAAUACGUGUGGCUAUGUGUAGCAUGAUUUAUAGAAAGGCGCUGCGCUUAAGCCGCACAGCCUUGGGCGAGACCACCGCCGGGCAGGUGGUUAAUUUGAUAUCAAACGAUGUGGGUCGCUUGGAUUUGGCGAUGAUUUUCGUACAUUACCUUUGGAUUGGCCCAAUCGAGACAAUCUUUAUCACCUACUUAAUGACAAUAGAGAUCGGUGUUGCGGCCACUUUCGGUGUGGCCUUCAUGUUAGCUUUUAUUCCGCUUCAAGGUUGGCUGGGCAAGAAGACGUCAGUGUUACGCUUGCGUACCGCUUUACGUACAGAUGAGCGUGUGCGCAUGAUGAACGAAAUCAUCUCGGGCAUACAGGUGAUCAAAAUGUAUGCGUGGGAAAUACCAUUCGGCAAGAUGGUGGCCUAUGCGCGCAGAAAGGAAAUCAAUGCUAUACGUAAGGUGUCGUAUAUACGUGGUAUACUGUUAUCGUUCAUCAUGUUUUUGACGCGCGUCUCCGUUUUUCUAAGUUUGGUUGGUUAUGUACUGCUGCAACAGGUGCUGACGCCGGAGAAGGCCUUCGUCAUUACAGCUUAUUAUAAUAUUUUGCGCACCACAAUGACCGUUUUCUUUCCACAAGGUAUUUCACAGUUGGCUGAGGCCUUAGUGUCCAUUAAACGCAUACAAAAAUUCAUGCUAUACGAAGAGACUGACAUCGUUGAUAAAUCCGUCGAUAAUCCCAACUACCCUGGCAGUAACCAAUCCACCGUUGUGAAAGACGACGAAAAAUCAUUGAAUAGAAAAGAGGCGGAAAAGGUAUUCGCAUCCAAUGGGCACGCAACAUUGUCGGAGGCUGGCAUUGUAAUGAGCCAUGUGAAGGCUAAAUGGGAUUCUAACUCAGCGGAAUACACAUUGGACGAUGUGAAUUUGCGCGUGCAACCCGGCACAUUGAUUGCAAUUAUCGGACCAGUGGGUUCGGGAAAAUCGAGUUUAGUACAAAGCAUACUCGGUGAAUUACGACCGGAGUCGGGUACCAUAAAGGUGAAUGGCACUUUCUCUUACGCCUCGCAAGAACCUUGGCUUUUUACCGGCACCGUACGCCAGAAUAUACUCUUUGGCCAGCCAAUGAAUAGACGUCGCUAUCAGCAAGUGGUAAAGAAGUGUGCACUGGAACGCGAUUUCGAGCUACUACCCUACGGCGACAAGACGAUUGUGGGCGAACGUGGUGCCUCGCUAUCUGGUGGACAGAAGGCACGUAUUAGCUUGGCGCGCGCAGUAUACCGUGAAACCUCAAUCUAUCUGCUGGACGAUCCACUGAGUGCGGUAGACACUCACGUGGGCCGUCAUCUCUUCGAUCAGUGUAUGCGCGGUUUUCUGCGCGAACACAUCGUGGUGCUGAUCACACAUCAAUUGCAGUUCCUACAGCAGGCCGAUCAAAUUGUUAUCAUGGAAAAAGGACGUGUAAGCGCCGUGGGCACAUAUGACUCAUUGCGGGAAUCCGGUUUAGAUUUCGCAAACCUCUUGGCUGAUCCCGAGAAAGAGGAGGCGGUAGAGGAAAAGUCGCGCUCGCGGUCCAGUAGCAAAGUUUAUAGCAAUCGCCGAAAUAGUGAGGCCUCGCUGAAUUCUGUAGCAGACUCAUAUGUUGAAGAAACACCAAUGCAACAGCAAGAGACACAAGAGGAGGGCAAAAUUGGUUUGGCAUUAUAUCAGAAAUAUUUCCGUGCCGGUGGCGGUUUUCUCACAUUCUUUAUCAUGUUGUUCUUCUGUAUGUUGUCGCAGCUGCUUGCUUCAGGCGGUGAUUGGUUUUUGGCCUACUGGGUAGCCAAAAAGGGUCGCGAUGGUAAGAUGUAUUCAGCUAACAUCAAUGAGACGCGCAUCGAUGACACUUUCGAUAGUUUCAACGAUACGACUACACUGCCGUCAACAGCGCUACCUGAACAGGAAUCGACAUUCAUGACUCUGUUGCGCGAUGUAGGUGUCGACAUGGAUGCUGAAAUGUUGGAUAUUUACAUAUUUACCGGCAUAACCGUGGCUACGGUUGUCAUCACGCUCGCGCGUAGCUUCCUCUUCUUCAAUGUGGCCAUGAAAGCUUCCACUAAUCUGCACAACUCCAUGUUCCGCGGCAUCACGCGCGCUGCGAUGUACUUUUUCAACACAAAUCCCGCCGGUCGCAUAUUGAAUCGCUUCUCUAAGGAUAUGGGUCAGGUCGAUGAGAUAUUGCCAUCAGUUAUGAUGGACGUCAUACAGAUAUUCCUUUCCCUUUUCGGCAUUGUUGUUGUUAUUGCCGUUGUGAAUCCAAUCUUCCUACUGCCAACAGCUAUAUUGGCAAUAUUCUUCUACUACUUGAGAUCGUUCUACUUGCAGACGUCAAGAGAUGUUAAGCGAUUGGAGGCAAUAACGCGUUCACCCAUCUACUCCCACAUGGCUGCCUCGCUUUCUGGCUUGUCGACGAUACGCGCGUAUGGCGCUCAACGUGUGCUCAUCUAUGAGUUCGACAACUAUCAGGACCUGCACAGCUCCGCAUUUUAUAUGUUCAUCUCCACAUCACGCGCAUUCGGCUACUGGCUUGACUGUUGCUGCAUUAUCUAUAUUGCCAUAAUAACACUGAGUUUUUUCCUCUUUCCACCGGCUAAUGGCGGCGAUGUGGGCUUGGCCAUCACACAGGCCAUGGGCAUGACGGGCAUGGUGCAAUGGGGCAUGCGUCAAUCAGCUGAGUUGGAGAACACCAUGACCGCAGUGGAGCGUGUAGUAGAGUAUGAUGACAUCGAGCCGGAGGGUGAGUUGGAAUCGUCUGCCGAUAAGAAACCACCAAAAACCUGGCCAGAAGAAGGUAAAAUCGUCUUUGAUGAACUAAGUCUGCGCUACUUCCCUGAUCCAAAGGCCGAGUAUGUGUUGAAAUCACUAAAUUUUGUGAUCAAACCUCGCGAAAAAGUGGGCAUAGUGGGACGCACUGGUGCGGGCAAGUCAUCGCUUAUCAAUGCGCUUUUCAGGCUCUCAUACAAUGAUGGUUCGAUAGUUAUCGACUCACGUGACACCAAAGAAAUGGGUUUGCAUGAUUUGCGCAGCAAAGUCUCAAUUAUACCACAGGAGCCAGUGCUCUUCUCCGGCACUAUGCGUUACAAUUUGGAUCCAUUCGAUGAGUAUACGGAUGCCAAAUUGUGGGAGGCGCUUGAAGAGGUUAAAUUGAAGAAUGUCGUUGCUGAGUUGCCUAGUGGUCUGCAAAGUAAAAUCUCUGAAGGCGGCGCCAACUUCAGUGUUGGUCAACGUCAAUUAGUUUGCUUAGCACGCGCUAUACUACGUGAGAAUCGUGUUUUGGUAUUAGACGAGGCCACCGCGAAUGUGGAUCCACAGACGGAUGCGCUCAUACAGCUGACCAUCAGAGAUAAAUUCAAAAAUUGCACUGUACUCACAAUCGCACACAGGUUGAACACGGUUAUGGAUUCGGACAAGGUGUUAGUCAUGGACGCUGGUCAAGUGGUGGAGUUUGGCACGCCAUAUGAGCUCUUAACAAAGAGCGAAGCGAAGAUUUUCCACGGCAUGGUGCAGCAAACGGGCAAGUCUACGGCUGAAAAUCUAACUAGAGUUGCGCAGAAAGCGCACGAAUUGAACUUGAAAUCGAAAAUGGAGUAAAAGCGUUGCUGUGUCUAGUAACUAAGAAUUGUACUCAAUUUGAAUGAGUUUGCCAAGCGAAAACGCAACUUUUUUAUUCUAGUGGAAUUUUGUAGUUGCAUUAACUCCGUCACACAUGUACAUUCGUGUCUAUGGACUUUUGACAAAAGAACUGCUGCUCGUGAUUACGCUAUAAGCAAGCCCUUCAAACCUUAAGAGUGUAUAUAUGUAAAUUUUAUUUUCUUUGCUUUUGUGAAAAGUCCAGAUCAACCGAUAUAGUGCAUAAAUUCGCUACGCACAUACAUACAUAAACUUAUAUAUGUAGUUAGGGUAGCGUGUACUUUUAAGCACAAAUGCAAAUAAGCACUUGUAAUUCUAAUUUUUAAUUAUUUUAUUUUAUCGCUAUCAUUUGUAGUUGUUGUAAGUGUUAAAGUGAUUUUGUGUAAUAGCUUUAAGUAAAUAAGUAUAUACAUACCUACAUACAUACAUAUGUCAUUUUAAACAUGCCGCACUGAAGUGUCAUUUACGAUCAACAUACAUAUAUACAUAAAUAUAUAUUUCCAUAAGCAUAUUCAUAUAUUUUAUAUAAAAUGUAUUUGCCUUUUUUGUAUUUGUAUUUGUAUUUGUAUAAUAAUACAAGUUAAUGUACUGCUAAAAUAUAUUUCUUAUGAUAUUUAAAAUUAAUGUAAACGAAAAUUAAAAAAAUAAUGAAACAAUAAAUAUACAUUGAAAAUGUGCCUUUACAUAAGUUUAUAAGAAACAAAAUUACCAAUUUAUGUAUAGUAUACGGAUAUGUGUAUAUGGAAAAUGAAAUAGUAUGUGCUGUCAUUGUUUCCACUGCAAAUAAACGUCCGAAAAUUGAAAUGAUCAAACUUUAA